CUACCGCUCAUGGAAGAAGACUGCAGGAAACGCUCCGAGGCCUCUGGAAUCUGCCUCCCCAAGAAUUUCUCAAUAAAUCAAAUCUUAGGCAAGGCAGUUUCAGCAAGAACAAUCAACCACCCCAUGCUCCAGGCAGCUCUCGCUCUUAGAAAGAAGGGACUUGCGACCUGCCUCCUCACCAACAACUGGCUGGAUGACAGCGCCGAGAGAGGCAGCCUGGCCCAGCUGAUGUGUGAGCUGAGUCCUCACUUUGACUUCCUGAUCGAGUCGUGCAGGGUCGGAAUGGCUAAGCCGGAGCCUCGGAUCUACAAGUUUGUACUGGACACGCUGAAGGCCAGACCCAGUGAGGUUGUCUUCUUAGAUGACAUUGGGGGUUAUCUGAAGCCGGCCCGUGACUUGGGAAUGGUCACCAUCCUGGUCCACGACACCGACACAGCCCUGAGGGAGCUGGAGAAAGUAACUGGGCUGCAGCCCCUCCAUCCCGCAGCCCCUCUGCCACCCCCCUGCAGUCCCAGUGACGUGAGCCAUGGGUAUGUGACAGUGAAGCCUGGAGUCCAUCUGCAUUUUGUGGAGCUGGGCUCUGGCCCUCCUGUGUGCCUCUGCCAUGGAUUCCCUGAGAGCUGGUUCUCUUGGAGGUACCAGAUCCCUGCUCUGGCCCAGGCGGGUUACCGAGUUCUGGCUGUGGACAUGAAAGGCUAUGGAGACUCAUCCGCUCCUCCAGAAAUAGAAGAAUAUUCCAUGGAAGUGUUAUGUAAGGACAUGGUGACCUUCCUGGAUAAGUUGGGCCUCUCUCAAACAGUGUUCAUUGGCCACGACUGGGGGGGCGCACUGGUGUGGAACAUGGCUCUCUUCUAUCCCGAGAGAGUGAGGGCGGUGGCCAGUUUGAACACCCCCUUCCUACCGGCAAAUCCCAACAUGUCCCCCAUGGAAGGUAUCAAAGCCAACCCAGCUUUCGAUUACCAGCUCUACUUCCAGGAACCAGGAGUGGCUGAGGCUGAACUGGAACGGAACCCCAGUCGGACUUUCAAGAUCGUCUUCAGAGCAAGUGAUGAGACUCUUCUCUCCACACGAAGUGUCCGUGAAAGGGGAGGAUUCUUGGUAAAUAUGCCAGAAGAGCCCAGCCUCAGCAAGAUGGUCACUGAGGAGGAAAUCCAGUUCUACGUACAGCAGUUCAAGAAGUCUGGUUUCAGAGGCCCCCUAAACUGGUAUCGAAACAUGGAAAAGAACUGGCAGUGGGGCUGCAAAGCUUUGGGACGGAAGAUCCUGAUUCCGGCCCUGAUGGUAACAGUGGAGAAGGACCGAGUGCUUGUUCCUGAGCUGUCCAAGCACAUGGAGGACUGGAUCCCCAGCCUGAAAAGAGGACACAUAAAGGACUGUGGGCACUGGACGCAGAUGGAGAAGCCCGCCGAGGUGAAUCAGAUCCUCACCGAGUGGCUGGAGACCGAGGCCGGGAACCCGCCAGUGCUGUCAAAGAUUUAGCACAUGGCGUGUGGCCGCACCAGCAGGUGGUCCCUCUUCCACCUGUGGGAGCACCGCUCUUGGUAUCUGGAUGUGGCCUCGCCUGUUCUCUCCUAACCAGCAGCACUGUCCCAGGGGGGUGUGCAAGAAUGGUGGAUUUUCAUUAAAUGAAGUGAAUUAAAUCCGAUGUAAUUUUAGAUCCAGGAGAAA